AUGACACAUCAAUCUGCCCGGAUACCGACCCUCGAUCCGCCCGUCUCCAGAGCCAUGAGAUCUCGGCCUUCCAAAGGCGAGCUGAGCUCUCAGACCGAGCCCGAGGCGUGCCGAAUAACGGCCAGCCGUGAAACUCCAAGAGCGCGUCCCAUUCCAGCAAAGAGCCGUUCUCAGUGUGUAACUCCAGUUAAUUUGAUGGCUAUUGUGAUCCUUUGUCGUGAAAAAUGCGGACUCUGCAAAUGCAUCACCCGUUACCUGGUGGCGAUGGCAUCAGCUGAUUUACUGGGUGUUAUCAUUGGUGUUAUAUUGGAGCGGAUCAAUCAUAUUUAUGUUUUUGCGAGAUUUUUGUUCAUCAGUCCGAUUUGUGCUACGUCACUUGUCUUUCGGCUCGCAGCUAUGGACUGUUCUGUAUGGCUGACAGUGGCUUUCACAUUUGAUCGAUGUAUUGCUAUUUGUAGCCAAAAGCUGCGGGAACGAUUUUGCGCCGAGAGGACGGCGACGACGGUGGUGGUGAUUGUGGGCGUAGGGAGUUGUCUAAGGUGUUCACCAUUUUACUUUUCAGUAGACCAUUCAGCGAUGACUAAUAACUUUCCAUGGCGAUGCAUUGGCAGACCAGAUUACUUUACUUCACCAGUGUGGAAAGCCUACCAGAUGUUUAAUACGAUCACUACACCUUUAUUGCCAAUUGGUUUAAUUCUAUUGUUGAAUGUAUUAACAAUCAGUCAUAUUAUUGCGGCAAACAGAGUCCGCCGAGGACUCCGAAGCAGCAAUGACAAUAAGAAGGAUUCAGAGGUAGAGAACCGGCGAAAGUCAAUGAUUUUGCUGUUCGCUCUAUCAGCUAAUUUCAUUUUAUUGUGGAUUCCCUUUAUAGUCUCUACUAUGUUUUGGCAAACUCAUAAUUACCGUUAUACAGACAGAUAUCUUAAUUCUCCGUCGUUUAUCGUGCAAGAGUUUGGGUUCAUGUUGCAAUUUCUCUGCACCUGCACCAACACAUGUAUCUACACACUGUCCCAGAGGAAAUUCAGGGAAGAGAUGAAGAAAGGAGUGAAACAUCUGGUCACAUUUAAUGGCCGACUUUGUAGAAGUAGAUAA